AUGACUUCUAGAAACACAAUAUUUCUAUGAGUGCGAAAAAGACAAAAAACAGAGAAAAAAUGUUGUCUCACUCUUCGUUUUAAAAAAAUCGUCCAAAUCCCUUAAAAUACGAUGUUAGUGAUAGGUAGAAUCAGGUAGAAUUUUAAAGUAUAGAGGAUCGUGUCUUGGCCGUUGUCAGAAGAAACAAAGAAAAAAUUUCAAUCGAAAUUAUUAAGUAUUUUUUAAUUUACGUCGUAUUUUGCAUUUUUAAUAUUGUUUUUGGACGAUUGUCUCUAAACGAACAAUGGCAAUAAUAAGGACGAUUACCUUCAAAUUUAGAAAGACAAUCAUGUUUAUGUAAUACCCGAAUGAUCAUAAAUGACAGUAGUCAAUUUAUUUCCUGAAAAUAAAUUUUUUUUUCAAUUGUUUUAAAAAGAAUAUUUUUUUUCUUGUCACGCGCUUCUAAGUGCGCCCCUCUUUACACUGCGCCCUGGGCAGUUGCCUCUCUUGCCCACCCCUUGUUACGGCACUGGAUGAUGACAUCGUAUAUGCUUCUUUUCGAUUUUUUUGUAAAAUUAAUAAUAAAUUAAUGGUGAUGUUUGAAAGAUUGAUAACAGAAGCUGAUGAAAUGUUUGUUCACGAAGAAUCUAGUUUAGUAGUCGAUCAUAUUAUACCAUUUGAAAUGGCAAAUAUCUUCUAUCUACAGGCGAGCUACUGAAUGUUUGGAUCUGAGUAUUUUUUCUUAAAGCUUAUGACUCCCCUUCUAUGCGUCCACUAAGUCACACACACAUUUAUAAAAAAAUAAACGAUGUAAAUCGAGUGCUGCCGAGUUUACUUUGAGAUAGCCGACAUCAGCCGAAAUCACCAUGUCUCGGCAGCACUCGGUUUACAUCGUUUAUUUUUUUAUAAAUGUAUGCAAAUGUAUGUGUGACUUACUGGACGCAUAGAAGGGGAAUCAUAGGCUUCAAGAAAAAAUACUCAGAUCCAAACAUUCAGUAGCUCGCCUGUACGUAAUAUUUCUCUUCUAAAAGCUAUUACUAGUCUAAUAAAAGUCAGUCAAUAUGUAUUCAGCCAAAUCAAUUAAAUAUGGUUAUGUAGCCAAUAAAAUAGUCAUUAUAUUAUGCUUCUGAAUCGAAACUUCUUUUUCUAUUUAAUUCUAAUUUUAGUUGUCAUAAGUAAAGUUGCUUUGUAAAAUUAAUACUGACCGUAAGAAUUAAUAAUUGUAACGAAUUUCCAUCAAUUGAAUAUUGAUCAGUUUUACUUCGUUUAAAUAAAUAAUAAAAUCUAAUAGUAUCAGUCUUUUCUUGUUCAACCGUGGUACCAAAAAUGUAUAGUGUGCCACUGGAGAAAAAACUGUUUUUUGUUGUAUGUGUUGUUAAAUCGAAUGUAGGUGUGCUAUUAUUGCCUGAAACAAGACACAAUCCAAUGAUUUAUAGCUCAUAGCUUCAUUCCAAGGUCGAAGAAAUUUAUCAAAUUCGUGAAGAAAUAAAAAAAGAAAAACCGUUAUUCCAAAAUUUUUUGGCGUAGCGUUUUCUUGCUACAAAGAGUACUUACUUACACAGGUUUAAAUUUUAAAAGUUGCCAACUUCGCCAAUAAAUAACGAGUCAUAUCCACGGUCAAAUAAUCUGGAACCAUUUUAGUAAACCAAUUAACGAGUUUUCGAAACGAUUUGACCUAAGAAUUUGUAAACAUGGCCGUCCUAAUUCUCAUAAAUCUAGUUAUAUAUUCCCAGUCGACGUGAUUUUCCUAGUAAUUUUAAUGGAACGUACCCCAGGAAGCUCAAGAUCGCGAUCUUUAGAAAAAUUUUGAUAUUUUGUUGUGGUAAACAUGCUGCUGCUACUGAGUGCAGGGCCAUGACGACUAGAAGACAGGAUAGCUAUUUUUGACAUAAUUAUCCGCAAGUUAUUCCGAGUGACUAGAAUGAAUAUUUUGUAAAAAUUAACCCUCAUUUAUGGCUUGAUUUUUUUUCCUCAAUGGUUUUCAUCAAUGACUAUAUCGCUUCUGAGCGUUUCCAUGUUAUCCUAUGAAACUGGGAUAAUCAUGUCGAGGAAUAGCUAUCCGGGAGUGCUAUUCUUGGCUCCAUGAAAAACAUCCAUGAAAAUUAUUAAUUAGCGACUGAAAAUUAUUAAGAAGCGACUUUACUUUUCCAUGUCGCUGCAAUAAUUCAUACCGGCGAAUAGAUGUUGCGGGUGAAAAGUAAAGUUUCUUCUUGAUAUUUUUCAUGUAAAUUAACGAUAUUUUGGUGAAAUAGGCUAAGAAAACAUGGAAUAUGAUAGAUACAUGAAAAUUAUUAGGAAACGGCUUAACUUUCCCUUGAUGCCGUGAAAACUUAUGACGGUGAAUAGAUGUUGAGGGACCCACAACAUUGGACCGAAAAUACAACACUUUUAUGAAAAUCAAGCUGUCACGUGCUCAAAAGCCAAUCUGCGCAAUCUGCUUAUCGUAACACUUAUUUUUAUAAUUUAGAAUCAAAUUAUUGAAUUUUUAACAGAUUUUUAUUAUCGUAAAUCUCUAUAAACACUGCAAUGACCAUGUCACUGCAGUGCCUCACUCACAAGCGCUGCCAGCGGAGAAAAAAAAGCUUUAAACUGAAAUUAUUAUUUUGUCCCAUUUUGUCCCGUGAAUCGGACUGCUCUGCGAUGACCUACUCCCAGCUGUUUAUCAAUUCACAGACAUUGCUGCAGGUUAGAAUAUGUGUGGAACAUCUUACAUUUCUAUUUUUUUGAUUAAGAAAGUUUAGUGAUUACGUUCAUCUAUAUUUGAUUAUUGAAAAAAUAGCUACAAAAAUUUCAACAAGUAAGUCAUCUUUUCAGUUUAUAUGUUUGAAUAUUUUUUUUGACAGAAUCUAUUGUUUGAUUAUAUACACUGAUAAUGAACAAAUUUUAAUUUUGUAGUCGAUAAGAUGCCAAAAAAAAACAAAAAUAACAAAAUACCAUCAGCAACAAUUGACCAGACAUUAACAAGCAAACGCAAUAAAGUUUUAACAAAAAACUGUUCGCCACGCCAAAACAAGAAAAAAAGUUCUAUUUCAACAGCAAGCGAAAACCUUGCUCUUUUCUUGCAGAGGUUUCGUACCAAUAAUAUUAAUUCACUGAGAAUGUCGAGCGUUGGGGUGUUUAAUAUACGCAAUCAAAUUAAAUACAAUGGAGAAUUAUCAGAUCAUAGUCUUGAUGAACGAAAUACCAAUAAUGUUACACUAAGAAAAAAGCGUGAUUUACCGUGGUGGCACCAGUACUUGGACACACCCUAGUAGUCGGACACUUUCCUAUUAUUCAGUAAUUACGACGAUAAUUUUCGUUCCAACAUGUAAAUAAUUUUUUUAAAUAUUUCUACUCUUUAUUAUCUCUAAUUUAAACAGGAGGUUUUUGUUUUAUGAGGAAUAAAAAUAUUUAAAAAAAAAAGGUAAAGGUAGAAUGAACUCAAGUGAUACCCAAACGCCUAUGAGAGGGCACUGUGAGUAGUCGUAGUCGAGUGAUUGCUGCUAAUUGAUGGACGUAUGAAUUUAUGAUGGGAAAACCAAAACCAACAUCCAAAUAUAAUGAAGCUGAUUUAGAAGAAGCUUUAUCAAGAAUACGUAAUGGACAAUCAGUUCGCAGUGUUUCUAAACAAUUAAAUAUUCCAAAAUCAACAUUAGCAGAUAAAAAAAAAAGUACUUCGAAAAAAACAAUUCAACGAAAAGGACCAGAAUGUGUACUUGGUAUUGAAAAUGAAAUACAGUUGGUGAAAUGGAUCAUGUAUAUGAGUGAACAUGGAUUUCCAAUCACAAGAAUCCAAUUGUUUAAUAGUGUUCAGUUAUUGUUGAAACAUUUGAAAAAAAAAAGUCCAUUUACAAAUAAUCGACCUGGUAAACAUUGGCUGUCAUCUUUCAUGAGUCGUCAUCCAGAACUUUGUGAAAAAAUGUCACAAAAUUUACUUUAUACUCGAGCUACUCUUACUGAAGGAAUGAUACGAGGAUGGUUCAAAGAAAUAAAGUGUUAUCUCGAAAAAGAAAAUUUAAUAAAUAUAGAUGCCACACGUAUUUAUAAUUGUGAUGAAUCUGCAUUUGCUCUCAGUCCAAAAGGUGAUAAAGUGAUUGUAAAAAGAGGUGAAAAAACAUCUUAUAGUUUUGUUGCUAAUGAUGAAAAAGAAUGUGUUACAACAUUGUUUUGUGGAAAUGCUGCAGGACAGCUUCUUCCACCAAUGGUUUUAUUUAACUAUGCUAGACUAAUUCCUAAAAGUAUAUCAAUAACGAUGCCAAAAGGAUGGGGUGUUGGACGAACAGAUAGUGGUUGGCAAACUGGUGAAUCAUUUUAUGAAUGGACAGCCAACUGUUUUGAGCCUUGGCUAAGAAAAGAAAAAAUUCAGUUUCCAGUAAUUUUAUAUAUUGAUGGACAUACCUCUCAUAUGACUCUUGAACUUAGUAAAUUUUGUAAAAAAAAAAAUAUCAUUUUAAUUGCACUUCAUCCUAAUGCUACACAUAUAAUUCAACCACUUGAUGUGGCUUUUUUCCUUCCCAUGAAAAAAGUGUGGAAAGAAGUGGUACGAGACUGGCGUGCAGAAAAUGAUGGAGCGUCUCUAAAACAAGAAAUAUAUUCUGGUUUGUUGAAACAAGCAAUUGAAAAGUUCGACGUACAGUCAAUUUUGUCAAGUGGUUUUCGUGCUUCUGGUCUAUAUCCUUUUUCUGCUGAUGCAGUUAAAUUUGAUAAAUUUUUUAAAACUAAAAAAAAUGAUAAAGUUCAUGCUGAUCAACAUUCUCAGGUUGUGAUGAAUCAUUUAGAGAUUUUAGAGAGUUACAUGGAACCAAAUAUUUUAAAACUCUUCAAGAAUUUUCCUGAUGACAUUGAUUGGGUAGAACCAAUAGAAUAUAAAGGACUUUACAAUUAUUAGAAACAAGCAAAAAACAACUGUAACAAGUCAAGUGAACAAGUACAAACAAGCUGUGGUGAACUGAAGAUAAAACAUACUGAGGUUGAGGUUACUGAUCACAUUUUAAAUAUCGAUUUCAUUGAAAAUAACAGUCAAGACCCAUUGAGUAAUUUUAAUAUUUAUGGUGUAGCUGAUGAUGGUGAACUACUAUUAAGUACA